AAGGACGAUUUACCUUCUUUGAUAUGGGUCUGCGCUGGCCUUUCAGAACAGGAGAAUGAGUUGCAAGAAAGACUCGAGCUGGAAUUAGCUGAUCGUCUUACAGCUGUUGAUGACGGUGUUGAUGUUGGUCUCUCUACAAAAGUGAUAGACGCUGUUAACACUCUUUUGUGCAUCCUGAUCUAUGCACGUAAAGAUUUACGUCUAAUAAAUCAAGAGAUCGUUCAACUUACAAGUGGAUAUAUUUUACUGCAAAUCGCUGUUGCUUCUGGAGAGCAUGAUUUCAUGGUGCACAACGUUUAUACUGGCUUGAUCAAACGUAUGGAUUGCUCUACACAACCGUUUAUAGAACUUGCCUUAUCACUCAUCUCAGAGGGAGCAAUAACAUGCGAUCGUCAUGCUUUACUAGUUAAGAUACUUUAUGACCUGCUGGACGAGUGUAGCGAAGCGGAUCCUUCGAAUAUCUCUUCUAAAAUGAUUGCUUACUUAGGACAGAAUCCACUACAAAUCAUUCAAGUAAGGAGGAGCUCUAAUCUUUUACAAGAGACCGAUACCAAUAAACUCAUCUCUACAAUCCACGAGUACCGUUUGAAGCUACUUUUGAAGUAG